AUGCCCCAGCCUCCCGAGGGAGACCUUUUCGUCCUGCCCGACGAGUAUGCGUCUUGCUGCAGGCACAAGCGCUCUCUUCUCAAGUCCCAUAGGAACGAGGAGCUGAAUGUGGAGACGCUGGUGGUGGUCGACAGGAAGAUGACGCAGACGCACGGCCACGAGAACAUCACCACCUACGUGCUGACGAUACUCAACAUGAGCCGUGUUCAGAACUCCAGGGAACAGACUGGCCCUCUCUGCAAGCGGGCAGCACGGUUUGAGGGGGCCAAGGUCUUCAUUUACCAGAAAUCUGUACGGGGACCCCGAGACAGUUCAGCGCAGGACCGGCCUUCUCCAGCAGGACUCUGGGGGCUGGGGGAACGUCACAUGUGGGGACUGACGGGGAAUGCCUGUCUUUUUCAGGUGUCUGCUUUGUUCAAAGAUGGAACGAUAGGAGGAAACAUCAACAUCGCAGUUGUAGGCCUGAUUCUUCUAGAGGAAGACCAGCCGGGGCUUGUGAUCAGCCACCACGCGGACCACACCUUAAGCAGCUUCUGCCAGUGGCAGUCUGGCUUGAUGGGCAAAGACGGGACACGCCAUGACCACGCCAUCUUGCUGACCGGUCUGGACAUAUGUUCCUGGAAGAAUGAGCCCUGCGACACCCUGGGAUUUGCGCCCAUCAGUGGAAUGUGCAGUAAAUACCGCAGCUGUACGAUUAAUGAAGACACAGGGCUUGGACUGGCCUUCACCAUUGCCCAUGAGUCUGGACACAAGUAA